AUGGCUCAACCUGAGAAGAGACGAAAGUCUGCUGAAUCAGUAAAAACUGAAACUGAUCCUCCCGUCCAACAAGUGUUCAAAACUCUGAGGUCAUCCGUCAAGAACAAGGCUCCUGCUGUGGCUCCUACUACCUCUACCCGAAAGGGGAAACCAACUACUUGCUCAAGAGGACGAAGUAUCACACCUGAGGUCCAAACUGCUACGGAGAAUCCUGACACCACAGUCUAUAAACCUCAGUUUGUCUCCUCUUUUGCUCAAGAAAAAUGGUCUACGAUGAUCCGGAGAGAACUUAUAGUUCAGAGGUCGGUUGAUGAACAACAGUUGAACUCUGUUUGCGACAUCAUGCCCUUACUGAGUGAUGUGGGCCUCUUGAAGACUGUCACCUCCAUUUGUCCUUUUUCAAAGCUGUUGACUUACGAGUUCUAUUGUAAUCUUAAUGGGGAAAUUGACAAUCUGACCGGGACGCGGUGCAUGCAGAUCUUCAUCCGAGAAGAGAUCACGGACUGGGAGUUGGUGGCAAAGACCCUUACAGGUGGACAAACCUCUGCAUGGCCUACGGGUGACAUUGAUACUCUGUCUAGCUCGAAACUCACCUCCAAAUAUGUCAUUAUGCACCGUAUUGUUCUUCACAACUGGCUACCAUCUGCUCAUUUUCAUACGGUUGGCAAGCAAUUGACAGCUCUCCUGUUUUGGAUUGGAACUAAAAUGUCGAUUGAUCUGGGGACAUGGAUCUUUUAUCAUAUCCUCACGUUGAUUCAUCCGCGGGAACAGAAGGUAAGGUUACCUUUUCCUAACCUUAUAUUUAGGGUUCUGACAUCGCAGGGCCUUGUGCCAAUGCCUAGUGAGGUUAGUGGGGUUAUCAGUCCAACUCUUCUGUAUACUGUUGAUCCUCGUCUUCUGACUAGAAAGCACAUUCGAGAUGUUACACCUGUGAAUGCUCCUCCUUCCUCUGAUGCUGACAAUGUGGUUGAUGAUUCGCCACAUGCGAAGGAUGUUCAACUAUCUCUUCGCUUGAAGGCCCGGGUUUCUGAACUUGAGACUGUUAAUGGAAUCAUUGUGAAGCAGCUUACUGCGGCCCGUACUGAAUUGGCUACCGUUCUUCUCCGCUGGAGCUUGACUGAGUCUGCUGCUGUUGAUGCUGCUAAGUCCGACAGUGAGGGCCCCUCCAAUGCUUGA